AUGCCAAACAACGAUACUGGUGAGUCUGCAAUAGUCUCGCAAACGAUCACGCAGAAGAUUCGGGAUGUCUCCCACACUUCUAUUCUAGAGGAUGGGGUCGAAUGGAAAAUCAUAGACCACAAAACGGAAACACGGGACGACGUUGAGAUCAUCACGGUAGAGCCCAAUAAUCAAGGCCCGUAUGUCCUCCUCAGGGUCCAGUUCAAGAAGCCCGACUCCCGCCAUACUCUGGUUCAUUGGUUCGCUGAGCGCGACAUCCACCUGAAGAAUGAGCAGAAAUUGUUGUCAUACUGGCAGAAGCACAGAGGCCGUCAGAACACCGUGGAGCUGCCUUCAGACGUUGUCCAUCUCCUGCGGAUUAUUAAAGAAAAGGAUGUGAAGAAGGAUGAGGGGUAUGGGAAAAAGAAAUUCCUUAUGCAGUUUGUCGGAUGCUCUAAGAGUGAGGCGCAGUGGUGGUGGGCAUCUACUGUCAAGGAGGCAUACAUUGAACGUUAUGAAGAAUGGGUUCAUCGUGCGAGCGGUUCUAACUAA